AAGUGUAUUCGCGUCGGCGGUAAACACUGCGAUCUGACGACCGUUGGAACCGAUGGCAGACAUCACACGUUCUUCGAGAUGUUAGGCAAUUGGUCUUUUGGUGAUUACCAUAAAAAAGAGUCGUGUCGUAUGGCAUGGGAUCUAUUGACACAAGUGUUUAAACUGGAUGUCAACCGAUUGGUUGUCACGUAUUUUGGAGGCGAUAAACAGUUAGGUUUAGAACCAGACUUUGAAACCAGAGAUAUUUGGCUCCAAAUUGGUUUAGCCAAAGAUCGUGUCAUACCGUUGGGAUCCAAAGACAAUUUCUGGGAAAUGGGCGAAACCGGUCCGUGCGGUAUAUGUACUGAAAUACACUACUUAUUAGAGCCCACGAUAUCAACAAAUGCGGACCAUUUGAUGAAGAAUUGUAUUGAGAUCUGGAAUCUUGUUUUUAUUCAAUACAAUAGAGACAUAAACGGAAAGUUAGAACCAUUGCACAGGCAUUUCGUUGACACCGGUAUGGGGUUGGAAAGGAUUGUAUCAGUGGUUCAAAAUAACAGUCACUCUAAACCUUAUGGACACAGUAUUGCCGAUCCGUUGGACAUAUCGUACCGAAUACUCGCAGAUCACUCGCGAAUGUAUACCAUAGCCAUCAGCGAUGGCCUUAAUCACUCUAAACCUUAUGGACACAGUAUUGCCGAUCCGUUGGACAUAUCGUACCGAAUACUCGCAGAUCACUCGCGAAUGUAUACCAUAGCCAUCAGCGAUGGCCUUAAGUCUAGUUAUAGGGGAACCGGAUUUAUAUUAAGAAAAAUAAUCCGCAAAUCUAUUGGAAUCGCUGGCAAUGAUUUCGGGGUUUCCGAUCCCCGACUCCUUUUGCACGAACUCUCGGCCAUCACUGCAGACAUAUUGGGCGAAGCGUUUCCCGAAUUACAUCAUAACAUCCAAAUUGUGGACAAAACUAUUGAUGAAGAGUUUGACAAAUAUCAAGCAGUCGUCUCACAAAAUAGACGUCUAGUCAGAGCUCUAACGCGAAUUGAUAUUAAAUAUUCAAUUAAUUUAAGUCAAGAAAUCACCCAAAAAUUGCAGACAAUUAAUGAAGAAAUAGAUGUUAAUUUCAAAGAGAACUCUUUGAGUAAACAAUUUUUAGAUUCAAACCGAAACUCUUUGCAUGAUAUCAAAGAUAUCUUAAAUUAUUUUGGACACAAACCGGCGGCUCUUUUCCAAACCUCUGCCGACGGCAAAGAAUUUUAUAUUCAGACAACUGUUCCAAACGAGUACCAGAAGUAUCUCAAAGCAAACGAAUGGUUGUCUCAUAUAUCAGACAAACUUAAAAGUUAUGAACUUUUAUCUAAUAAACGCACGAAUAAGAAGUGUUUACUGAAGUCAACAUCAAUGCAACAAAUGGAUGAAGCGUCAUACGAGUUUUAUAACCAAAUGAUCGAUAAAGUGAGCGAUAAGAUCGAGGAAUGCGUCCAAAGGGGCGACCAUUUGAUGGUUUCGGGCGUUGAGGCGAAACCCAUGGAAACCCAAAUGAAUAGAUCUGAAGAGGAAGUGGUGUCAAAAGCGCAGUCUAUGUUCGAAGCGAAACGAUUGUCUCGACAAAGUGGCCAACAAUUAGUACCAAACGAUGCGAUCGAUACACAGCUGACUGUCGUGGAAGAGGUGUCGUUGGAGGUGACGGACGACCACCAACUGAAUGGCACCCAAUACUUGUGCGAUACUCCUUCCCAAAGAGUGGACAACACGUUAACUAACUAUGAAUUUACGCCAAACUUUGAGAACUUUACCCAAAGAACUCCCUCUAUAUUUAACUUUAACACCAAUUCAUUCAACACUUUCCGUACGACACGUUUCGACGGCGUUUCGCCGCUUUCGAUGAACGACACGGCUUUGCGAUCCGAACUGUCGUUAACUGAUUUCAAUUCGUUUGAGUCGACCGUAACUGAUGAUCAAAAAGUGAUAACCGCCUCAACGCCUGUUAACGCCAAUCGUUUGAGUUCUGUUGACAUUCAGAGGCCUUCAAAGCGUAUUUCAUCGAUCAAUCCAUACUUCAGUCCUCGCGCCGGAAGGCCUUCACUCGUAAACGUUCAAAAUUUAUUGGAAAACAUGACUAAUAACCGGAAAAAGUCAUGUGUGGCCACAAAUUGUGAUUCAAAAACAGUUGUCAAUCAAACAAAUAGUAAAAAUUGUGUCAAUAAAAGCAAAAAGAGGAAAAAAGCGGACGAAAGGAUUAGCUGUAAGUCCAUCGAGUCGUCGGAUAUGUCGGACUCGACGUGCAAUCUGUCGACACGGAGUAGUCGUCGCCAACGAAAAGCAGUCUCUUAUAAGGAGCCGUCGCUUAUGUCUAAACUUCGCCGAAGCGAUGAUUGAUUGACAGUCGGUUUAGUGACAAACGUUUUGCACGGAUUAUCUCAUUAUACAUAUACAGUAUUUCUAAUAUUUUUAGUGCCCUUUGUUUAAAUUUUUCAUUCAAAUCUCUUAUUUUAUAAACGAGUUUUACUUCAGAAUCACUUUAUUUUUCACAUGUAUUAUACGGCAAAAACAUUUCAUAGAAAAUAAAACAUGAA